AUGGACUUAGCUUGGCAUAGAUGUAAUAUACAUUAUUAUUUAAGGGAAAAGUAUUAUGGGAAAGCGGAAAAAAUUUCAAAAAUUGCAUCCGCUAAGCUAUCAGACACUUCAGAGUUUUUAUUUUACCAUGGAUUGGCUAGCAUACUUCAGGGUCAAGUACAGAAAGGGAUCAUAGAACUCACUCCUUUGCAAUCAGAUAAGGAUCUACAAUUGGCUUCAGUUAUUGCUUUGAUAUAUGCCCAAAAACUUGCCAACAACACAGAGAGAGAAACUUUGUAUAACUUGGAGACUAAAUUAAAAGAAGAAAAGCGUCAAGCGAGUAGUGUGUCCUUUUACUAUGCAGGCUUAUUUUUGUCUUUGGCAGAAAAGUAUGAAAAGGCAUCAGAAUACAUAAAUAAAUCACUAAGAAAAGAUGCAAACAAUUUGGAAGCUAUAAUUUUAAAAGGAUGGAAUGACAUGUAUAUGAAUUUGGGAGAAAUGCAAAUGUCCAUACUGGACUGCUUAGAACUUGCUCUCAGUAAGAGUGAACGGAAUGCGGCAGCGUUAUUAGGAUUGGCUAAGUUCAAGUUUUUCGCCAAGGACUACGACGCAUCUAAUCUAACAUUAGACAGAUUGAUUGUCAGUAGUCCGGGACAAGUUGUUCCUCUUAUCGAGAAAUUGAAAAAUGAAUUUGCAAUGCAGAAAUGGGAAGCGGUUUUGGACACCGUCGAGAGAAUAUUUUCGCUUGAACCUGAUAACAUCGAAGCUUUAAAAGUUAAGAUUUUUAUGGCGUUAUGCAAAAACUCUGAUUACAUUGAAGCAGCUGACCAAUUAAACCAGUUUUAUACCAUACUGGAAAAUGAAGAGAGUCAUAAUGGUUAUCAGUUUUACAUUACAACACAAAUAUUUUCUAAAGUGUGUGGUAGAGACAGCGCAGUCCUGUCACAGGUUUAUAGAUUUGCACAAUAUGCUUCUGAAUUAUAUUCAAAUAAUGUGGAUUAUCUGAGUGAGGUGGGCUAUCAAUGUGUUCUUCAAGGAAAAUAUAAGGACGCUCUAAAUUUUUUCAAGGCAGCCAGUAAAAUAGAUAGCAAUUCAAUUACUGCGUUGUGUGGGCUAACAAUAUGCCAGAUGAAUGAGAAUGGACCCACUGAUCAAGUGGCUCAACAAGUGGAGCUGCUAUUGGAAAUGCAAGGCACAAACAAGUUGCCCAUACUGAAUCUUUUGUCUGCACAAUUGAAUGUAAAGAAUCCUGGUAAUGCCAUGUCUUAUCUUAACAAUGCAUUUGAAACUAAAGUGUCUUUAGCCAUGCGAAAUCCCUUCAGUUUGGCUUAUGUAAAAGAUUUGGAUCCAGAUUUCUUGCUCGAGGUUUACAAAGAAUAUCGAAAGCAUUUACCUAAGAAGCCAUUUGUUAUAGUUGGUUAUUUAUUAUAUUCUCAAGAAGGAAAUGUGUCUUCGGUGAAGAUGUGUUUUCAUAUCCUCGAAACAGUUUGUAAGGCAUGUCCGGGGCUGAUAUCCGCUUUGUAUGAACAAGCUAAGUUGAAAUUCUUGUUUGGUUACGCAACUGAAGCUCAUAAGUUAGCUCAGCAGGUUGGGGAGCUUGAUAAUACCCAUGCUGGUAGUCAAGUUUUGUUGGCUCAGAUUUAUAUACAGCGGCAGGAAUUCACAAAGGCUGCACAAAGCCUUGAAAUGUGUCUGAGUUACAACUUCAAAGUAAGAGACAGUGCCAUGUAUCAUUUCUUAAAUGGCGUCAUAUUGAAAAGUGCUAAGAAAUUGCAAGAUGCGCUGUCCAGUUUCACGACCAGCCUACAAAUAGCGACAAGCAAAAGUGUGACGACUCAUGUGAGCAGAUCAUUUGAGUCUAAUUUGAAUAUAAUAGACAAAGCUACUUUGCAUUUGCAAAUUAUUGAAAUCCAAAAUGAGUUGGAUCACUUUGCUGAAGCUGGGAAAUCCAUGCAGGAAGCAAUACAGGAGCUUUCUUACACAUCAGAAGAGAGCCGUUUGCACAUAGCUAGAGCCGAGUUAGCUCUAAAGAAAGGAGACAUUGAUAAGGCUAUUGAUAUUUUGAACGAGAUUAAAGCCGGCCAGCCAUAUUAUUUUCAAGCUCACAGCAAAAUGGCACACAUUUAUUUGAAAGAGAAAAACGAUCGAGGGAUGUUUACUAAUUGUUUUAAAGAGAUUGUUAGUAAUCAUCCCAUGGCUGACGCGCAUUCAAUGAUGGGAGAUGCUUUCAUGUCUAUACAUGAACCAAUCGAAGCGGCAGAGUCGUACGAAACAGCGCUAAAAGGGAACCCGAAAGACAUCCAGCUGAUCAAGAAAUAUGGCAUUGCGUUAAUUAAAAUGCACGAAUAUGACAAAGCUUGUUUGCACUAUGAGAACUCUAUCAAAUUGUUGAACGAUCAUGAUUUGAAGUUCGAAUAUCUUGAACUGCUUAUAAAACUCAAACAAUACGAGAAAGUCGACUCGGUAAUCUCCACCGAACUAAGCCAACUUUACAAUAAAGAUAAAGACCUAACCACACUCAAGCGUCGAGUGCGGUUCCUGCGCUUACAAGCCAAAAGUCGAGAGUUAAAAAAACCUUCUGCAGGAAACACGCAUCUAAUCCUUACCGAAGCUAAAGACAUCCAGGUUGCGAUUGUCAAACGCAUUGAGAUAGAUUCAAGAGGCGAUUUGCAAGAAGAGAAGCGUCAAUUAUCGGGUAUACUUUGUGCUCUGGCCAAAGUUAAAUGUAACAAGGAACCAGCAGUCGCUGCUAAUUUGUAUUCGGAGGCAUUGAUUCAUUCGCCUAGAGAUCCGGACACAUUGCUCGCGUUGGCUAAGCUGUAUGCACAGAUAAACAACUCCGAGAAGUGCGAACAAACUUGUGCUGUGUUGUUGAAUACCGAUCCGAACAAUGAAUCUGCUGCUGUCAUGAUGGCGGAUCUUGCUUUUCGAAAGGUGGAUCUAGAAAGCGCUCAACGUCACCUCAACCAGAUACUAUCGAUAAAACCGACGAGUUGGGAAGCAUUGUCUCAACUCAUUGAGGUGCAGUGGCGGCGCGGGAAACUUAGCGAGGCGGAGUCAGCGUUGGAUGCCGCCAAACAGGCUCUGGGAAAGGAGGAAGAUCCUGACACUCAACUCUUAGCGUUACAAACAGCCGAAAAACUACUCGCAGAAGUAUCACCAGUUGACCGUAAGGCUCUAGAAGCCCUACUUCUACUUGCCAAUCGGCAGAAAGGACAGGCAGAACGUGUGUUGCAGGAGUUGCUUCCCUUGGUGACAGAGGACACUUAUCAGGACGACCCGUAUCUGAUCCUCGCAAUUGCUAAUGCUUACAACAUCGUAAAGCAACCAACCCGAGCAAAGAACAUUUUGAAGAGAACAAUCUCGUCAAUUCCCUGGACGCCCGAGAAGGCGGAUGGUUUAGAAAGAUGUUGGUUAGAGGUGGCGGACGGCCAAGUGAGCACAGGAAGAAUGGAAGCCGCCAAAGAAGUUCUUAUUAAGAUAUUGAACCACAACAGCUCUUGCGCCCCGGCAUACCAAUAUUUAGGUUAUUUAGCUGAAAAAGAACAAAACUACAAAAGUGCUGCUCAAAACUACGACAACGCUUGGGUCCAUGGGGGCAAGUCGGACCUCGCUGUUGGUUACAAGCUGGCUCACGCCUAUCUCAAACUGAAGAAGUUUCCAGAAUGCAUUGUGGUCUGUAGACAUAUUCUAAAGGCUUAUCCGGAUUAUCCAAAAAUAAAAAAAGAAAUAUUCGAGAAGGCGAAAGUCAAUUUAAGGACUUAGCUGACACUAUAAUAAUAACUUUGUUUAAUUUAUACCUAGAUACGUUGUUAUACAGUGGCUCAAUUUACAUUGCGGCGGAACGGAAUGGAACGUAAGCGCCAAUUUCGCCUCGCUUCGCAAGAAUGCUCGAUGCAGGAAUGCUCGAGCAUUCGCGGGAAUUCUGGAGCAUUCGCAGGAGUUCUCGAGCAUUUGCGGGAAUUCGCGAGCUUUCUGGCGACUGCGCCUUGAGGCUAUAGUAUUUCGUCGACGUUUGACGUUACACUGCGCCUGCUUUCGCGUCACUUUCCGCGGAUUCGCCAGGCAUCGCUGAUGGCAGCCGCGGAAUUCCCGUGCAUUCUCGAGCAUGCGCGAGAAUUCCGCGUAAGACGCGCAUUAUGUUUUUUGGCUCUUAUCUAGUUUAUAAGUUACACAAUUGAUAAUAAAGUUCAUUAUGCUAUGUACAAUAUCGUUGCAAAAAUUCGCUUCCACUCCAUUGCGCCGCAAUAUAAAAUGAGCCUUAGAUAUUCGUAAACAAGUAGGUACCUUGUAAAGUAAGAUUCAUGGCAAUUGAGACUACCUACUUUACUGCAUCUAUAAAUACAUAUAUCAAAACUAUAGGAUGUUUCAUUUUCAUUCAUAUAACUUUAAAAAUACUGGCCAUAUAAAAAAGAUUAAACGUCAAUUUGUCACCAGUACAUUUCUUUUCCGUGUUCUAAAUUAAAAUUUAAAACCGGAAUAAUUUACUUAACUUUAUACAUUUCGAAAAAAAAUAAGUACC